AUGCGCUUUACCACUGGUACUGGAAUAUUCAUGCUCCUAGCAUUGAGCUUCACAGCUUCAGCGCGAGAGAAUUAUACUGCACCAUCAGCUGGCACUACGAUAAUGGACUACCUGAACUCUGAACCCGACCUUUCCAGUCUCGCCGCUGCCAUGAAACUCCCUCUUGGCUUCGAAACGGCCUUUAGUCACACCCCCGAAACCAAUAACUUCACUUUCUUCGCACCCAACAAUGCCGCCUUCGCCUCAAUGUCCCAAAACCUAAAACGCUUCUACAUCACACCCUCUACUAGGGGCCGCGCCUACCUUGGAAACACAUUGAUGUACCAUUACCUCCCUGUCGAUGUGUAUAAAACCGACGGCGGCGUUCUCUUCACAGACACGUUCUCGCGCGUGCAGACAGCGACGUUCUUAUUCUUGGGUACGCAGAAAGUAGGCGAGGAUUUGGUACUGAACAGGAGGGUAAAGGUCGUCAAAGGCGAUAUUCCGGUUGCUGGGGGGGUUAUACAUAUUGUGGACGGUAUUUUGGACCCGACAGGUAUGUUCUUUGAUGAUGAGUAUGCAGUGCCAAAGGUUAAGCAGACUUUUAUGGCGGGGUGGGAGCUCCCUUAUUAG